UCCUGCGCACUUCGUCGGCUAGUGGCUGUUCAUCACACGUGAUGCGUUCAAUCACGUCCGUCGGAUCGCAUUGAUUCUGGGAAUAUUUGCGCUAGCGCUGGGCUCCGAGCGGGUCUCGCGCUGAUUUAAUACAAGCGUCGCCAUGAGUGGAUACGCCGGAGACCUGAGCGACAAGCAGCAGCAUUCUCUCGACGAGCUCAAGUAUCAUCUCCGUGAUAUCUGGAACGAAGAAUUCACGGAUCCGUUUCUGCUGCGUUGGUUGAGAGCUCGCGACUUCGACGUAAACAAGUCGGAGAAACUGCUGAGAGAUAACAUUCUUUGGCGGCAACGGGAGAAUAUCGACUCGAUUAUCGAGACUUACGAAAAUCCAGAGGUGCUGAGGCUCUACUUUCCUGGCGGUCAGUGCAACCGUGAUCGCGAAGGCCGACCCUUUUGGCUCAUCCGUUUCGGCAACGCGGACUUCAAAGGAAUGUUGCAGUGCGUAUCAAAGGAGGCGUUGGUCAAGCAUGUCACAUACAUCGUUGAAAAGAUCAUCGCAGACAUGAAGGCGCAAAGCAAAAAGCUGGGGAAGCUCGUGGAUACCAUUACCGUCGUUUUUGACUUCGACAACUUUGGCAUCCGACAAGUGUACAGUCACCAAGUGGUCGAGUUCGUUUAUCUCAUCAUGGUACUCUACGAAAGUUACUACCCUGAGAUGCUUGAACAAUGUUUCGUCAUUAACGUUCCAAGCUUCUUUAAGAUCUUCUGGAAGUUCAUCAGACCCUUCUUGACUGAAAGAACAGCUGGAAAGAUUCAAAUAUUUUCACGCGAAGGGUGGCAGCCGGUUCUGUUGAAGUGCGUGGACCCCUCCCAGCUACCUGCUCAUUGGGGAGGAGACCUGGUGGGACCUGACGGCGACAGAGAGUGCACCCACUUGGUUCCAGCUGGAGGCGAGGUGCCCGUAAACUUCUACCUCAAGAGCGACCCUCGCGUUUCCGAGGACCCCAGUGCCACCACCUGUUUCCUGGAACGUGGACAGAAAAUGGAUGUACCCGUGAAGGUAGACAGCGAAGGAUUAACCCUGUCGUGGAAGUUCCAAACGAGUCCCGGCCACGACGUUGGCUUCGGUGUCCUGCACAUUUCGGGAGAACACGCCGAGCCGAAGGAGGUCUUGGGAGUCAGCAAGGUCAAGUGCGAUCAGGUUGCUGAAAAUGGGCGACUCUCCGCUGAGCCAGGGACAUACAUUUUCAGGUUUGACAACAGCUAUAGCUGGUUUUCCAAGAAGCAGCUUUCCUACGUUUUCCAAGUCAAAAGCUCUGACGAAGUCCUGGCCCCAGGAAGCUGAUGAUUGUUAUCUUUUUUCCUUUUGCCAAAUCACUAUCUCAGAUCAGACUUAAACAUCAUGAAGACUUUUUUGUGUAUUUUAAGUUUGUACUAACGUAACUAAAUGACUUUUCAGUCAGGGUAUUCCUAAUAUUGGUUACUUUCAUAACAAGACAACUAGAGACAUGCUGUGAAUACAGCUACCCCCAUGGCGUUUCGACUAUAACACUAUCGGUGUCAGUGGGAGUAGAAGUGCGAGCGAAAGGUAACUUUGGUAGGCUUGCUAUUCCAUGUGUUUUCUCACUCGAGCCAAAAGCUCCGCUCGAGCUAAAAAAUGAAGGCGAUAAAAUUUAUAUAUCUAAUGAGAUCGUGCCAACUUCACAUCCAGGAGCGUGCCCGCACGGUGCGCGCUCCUGGAUGUUGGAAUAGAGAAAACAUAAACCGACAUAAUAACUCUGUAAAAGAACGGUACCGGUCAGAAGUGUUUUGCCGUGCAUAUUACAUUGAAAUGUUAUGAUCUGUGGAGUUUUUCAAAAUAAACCUAUGACAAACAUU